AUGAAAGUAAAGAAUUUCCAGCAAACCAUCCAAAAGCUGAAAUACCAAUGGCGUCUAUGAAUCUUCCAGUUCUCUCAGAAUUCAAUGAUUCCUUUUUGCUGCGGUCUAUUUAGCUGCCAUAUCUGCCGAUCAUUUAUCUCGGCGUGAUGUCAGUUCACAGCUUCAUACCGGCCAAGUUUUGUACUUUUGAUGUUGUUGCAGACUUGUUGCAUGGUAAUGAGAAUUAAUCUUGACUGCAACGCUUGCUGCAGGAAAGCAAGGAAAAUCAUUCUCAACAUGAAAGAGAUAGAGUCGCACAUGAUUGCUAAGCAAGAAUGCAGGGUAGUGGUAUGUGGAAGGUUUACACCAGCAGAUGUUGCAAUAAAGCUGAGAAGGAAGAUGAAAAGAAGGGUGGAAAUAUUGGAAAUCCAGGAGUUUGGCGAGACAGAAAGACAAGAGGAAUCAAGGCCAAUGGUAUCUGCUGCUAACUGAGAUUACACUGCUCUCCAUGUUUAAGCCUGAAACAAAGCAUAUUGCUGCCACUUUACAGAUGAAUAUGGAAAGAGAAUUGAAUACUUUGUGCAGAGAUGUAAUGAAAAUCUAAUGUGAUGUUAUAGAAAUAUUAAUUUCUUUUA